CUGUAGUGGGCAGAUUGCAACACAGCUCUCCACAGCUGGGGCUUUCAUUCGCAACAACAACACACACGCAUGCAGCGUUAAGAUCCUGCAGAUACAGGACUGACUUCUGUAUAACUUUAAUCCCUUUAUUGUUAUGGUCGUGGUUACCAAGGAGACAUGAAGACGUGACAUUGAAGAAACGUGAGCAGGCCGGGAAGGAUCCUGGAGAUUUCCUGACUACAGCUGACUGGAGUUCGGUCAGCUGGUGCGGAGAGCCGGCCAACACUUCCCCUUAUGUCAGAAACGCAAGCGAAACAGUGGUGAUGUGGUGGAGGACUACAAGGGUCUGAAAUUGUGUCGAAUGAGUUUUCGUGGAUCUGGGAUAAGUGGAAGCGACAACAAACGCCUGGGAAGCUGAGCUAGUCCAUUAGCUAGUCGUGCUAACUCCGCUUUCAGCAGCCGCCCCGGUGUGAGUGGCUGGCAGCUCGGACUGGCUAACGGCUUCUGUUCUGAGAGGGGAGCAGCUCGCCGGUGCCCUGAAUUCAGGAAGAGUCCCCGGCUCCGGCCCCCUCAAGCGGGCAGUCAGGAAGAAGCUGGCUGGGAAGGGAUGGCCUGGUCGGUCUUCCCGAUCCAAAGGACAAGGCUCUGCGGUGUUUGAAGGAGGUCGAGUUCGGCUAGAGGCCACCGCCGCGGGUCGAGUCGCUAUGAUGGCCGCCGCCUCCUCCUCCGCGGCCGGCGGCUUCACGGCGUCCGGGCUGUCGGUCAGAAAGAGCGAGGAAAUAGCGGAGUUGAUAGAUUUGUUUUCCAAGACGCAGUACAGAGCAAAGGAAGUCACUCCACGGGUGGAGGAAAUAGAGAAGCGUUGUCUGGAGUUAUUUGCCAGAGAUUACAAGUACAGUAUCAUCCAUAACACAAAUGGAGAAGUAUGUGGCCAUUACCCCCGGCAGAUCGUUUUCCUGGAGUACGAAUGCACAGACGUCGAGAGCGACAGGUUUGAGAGCACAGUACAGAUCAGUAAGCUGCAAGACCUGGUGAACAGGAGUAAGCUGGCUCGCUGCAGAGGGAGGUUCAUCUGCCCCGUCAUCCUCUAUAACGGCAAGCAUAUUUGCAGAUCGUCCACUCUGGCAGGCUGGGGGGAGUUGUAUGGACGCACGGGCUACAACUACAUCUUCUCAGGGGGCAGUGAUGACACGUGGACGGAGACAGAGGAGGUUCCAGAGGAUGACAGUGCAGUCAGGAACGGAGACUCCCAGCUCUUCGACAAGGUUCGAGGCCACGACAUUAAGCUGCUACGUUACCUCUCGGUUCGCUACAUCUGUGACCUGAUGGUGGAGAACAAGAAGGUUAAAUUUGGCCUGAACGUGACAUCCUCUGAGAAGGCGGACAAGGCCCAACGCUAUGCAGACUUCACCUUGCUCUCUGUGCCUUAUCCAGGGUGUGAGUUUUUUAAGGACUAUAAAGACAGAGAUUACACAGCCGAGGGUCUGGUGUUCAACUGGAAUCAGGACUAUGUGGAUGCUCCUUUGACAAUCCCUCUGUGCUUUACUCAGAACUUGAAUAUUGACUGGAGUCAAUACCAGUCGUGGGACCUGGUGGAGCAGACCCAGAACUACCUGAAGCUGCUCCUCCACAUCAUCAACAAUGAUGAUGAGAGUGGCCUCCUGGUGCACUGCAUAUCAGGCUGGGACCGGACUCCUCUGUUCGUGUCCCUCCUCAGGCUCUCCCUGUGGGCAGAUGGCGCAGUGCACGCCAGCCUGGAGCCGGCCGAGAUCCUGUAUCUGACCAUCAGCUACGACUGGUUCCUCUUCGGUCACAUGCUGCCAGAUCGACUCUCCAAAGGGGAGGAGAUUUUCUUUUUUUGCUUCAAUUUUUUGAAGCACAUUGUCUCAGAGAAGUUCUCUGCCGUUAAGAAACAGAGAAGGAAGAACUCCCACUUCAAAGACAGUGAUUUCACUGUGGAAGACCUCUGCCAGCUAAAAUCGAGGGAUCGUGGCAGCGUGACCAGUCUGAGCAGCGAGUUUUCCCUCAUUACUGAGGAGGUGGGCGGCGCCUCCAGCCUCACCAAUGACACUGUGGACCUGUUCUCCAGCCAACCCCAGGCCUCCAGCUGGAGAAAAGGCCCCACCUCCUCUCCUCAGAUGGUUGUUUGGAAUAAGCAGAACCCUCUGGACGAACACCUCUCCCAUCCACUUAACGAGGCCAGGUCUUCCAGCUCCUCCUCCUCCAACCAAUCAGAACACGCUGUCACACGCACUGGCAGCAGCCCGUUGGCUGUCCCCGGGAGAAGGUUAGCAGCAGACUACACUCGGUCAGGUUCCUCCCUCUCUACAGAGUAUGGGAGUUGGCAGAUAGUUUCUGGUUGCGGCAGCAUCCAUGACCACGCUCACUUCCCCCCACCACUGGCCUCAGCCUCCUCCACCUCGUCUGCUGUCGCUGCUGCCUAUGAUUCGCCCCUGCCCUUCAGUUUUAGGGAUGAUGGACCCGGUGGGAGAAUGUGUCCCUUCCCCUCUGAGCGUCAGGCCCGUCUGGAGGCAGUGCGGGAAGUCUUCCUGGCAGCCUACAGCUCCACCGUGGGCCUCAAGUCCUCAGCGCACAGCCCCUCCGGCGCUAUCUCCGGCCUGCUGGAGCAGUUCGCCCGAGGGGUCGGCCUCCGAGGCACCAACGGCAUCGUCUGAACCCUCUCAAUGUGACUUCAGACCCUUCCUCUGCUUCCAUCCACCCACAGCCGAUUCAACAUGUCUGGACUCAGUACAAUAAAGUGCCAAAUAUCUCUGUUUAAUUCAGGGGGUGAAGCAUGACUUUCUUUUUUGGUUGAUAUUUUCUUUUUUUUUUUUUAAUUUUAUUUUAAAUGCCCUGGAUUUUUAUUUUUUCUAUGCUGCUCCAACUUUUCUGUGGACUCUUAAUCUUUCAUGUUGGGUUCAUCUGUCACAUUCAGGGAGGGAAAUGUUUUCAGCCACAGUAUCAAAAAGGGAUAGUUAGAGAGUUAGAGGGCUUUGUAGCUGUAAAUGGCUGAGAACAUGGGGUCGGUACCUGUUACAGGCAGAAUAUAAACCAUUCUUCCUUCCUCUGUUCUUCCUUUAUGUCUUUUUUUUUUAAUGCCUAAGGAGUCCUUGCAGUGACCUCCCCAUGUACAGAAAGCAGUAUGUUUUCAGGUGUCUUGUUUUGUGCUGCUGUUCUUUGCUGAUCUAAGCACAGGAAAGCUGUUUCGUUCAGGUGGAUGUUGAAGGAGAGAGAAACACAGCACGUCUUCUGUCAGAAAUGGCACCAGGCUUUUUUCUUUUUUUUUUUUUGGUUUGUAAUUUGACACGGUAGAUUGAAAUCUGAGUAUCUAAUCAGUUUUAGAGCUUACAGCUUUAGAUAUGGGGAUUUUUUUUUUUAAUUAAGUCUUGGUAACACAGUAUUGAAAUACCAAGAGUUGUUGGUCGCUGUAACUAUUACUCCUGUUCAUGCUGGGAUCCUUCUGUAGAACGACUACACUGUAGAAAUUCACUCUAAAGCUCAGCUAACAUGAGGCUUCAGCGUUGUGGAAGGUUUAUUGCUGGGGGGGGUUUGUCCUCGUGUUUCAUCAUAUUUCUGUGACCUGAUUAGAAAUGUCAGUCUUGGCAAAAAUCCCUUUGGGGGUUAAUUGUUCAGUCUGACCACAUCCAAGGGCCGAGGUGUUACAGGUGUUUACUGGAGGGUGGGAUGGAAAGCUGCUGAGAGCGGCAAGAUCAAGUGAAGUGUACAGCUGGGGAUAAGGGUGCACACUUGUAAACAUUGGUGCACUGUACAACCCAGCCCGGGUGUCUUGUCUGUGGACACCUGUCCAACCUCUGCGUGAAGAGGGAACACCUGUCACAUAGGAAAGUUACAAAGAUUGUCCUGAGAGUGUAGCUGUGCUUCGAGGUUAAUCUCUCCACAGCCUGUGUGGACAGGAGGAAUAAUCACAGCAACCAGCAACUCUUCAAAUGUACCUUUGGCAUGUGAGAAGGAAAGUCUUGAAAAAAAAAAAAAAUCUGAUCCUGUUAAAUCCAGAUAACUUUCAAGUUUCAUGUGAUUUAUAAAUUUA